CCCCUAUGAGAUCUGGCAACCGUGCACCGGAAACGUUUCAUUCAACAUCCGGGUCAGUUUCCCUCACGCUGCAAACAGCAUGGCAGCGAAAAACAAGCAACGUAAAAAGUCCAAAGCGACGAAAAAAGUGACAUUUGAGGCCGAAGGAAACGAGCCGGAGGCGGAAAACAGCGGCGGAGAGGAGGAUGAAGGUGAAGAGAAGAAUACGAAGGAGGAGGAGAGAGAAGAAGAGGAGCUCAGUCUGGAGGAGGUUUUACGGCUCGGAGGAACUAAGGCCGACUACAUCCUCCUCGCCGGCCUCGAAGACUCCAACGAGCUCGUCGAUGGCGGCAUGAAAGGAGCGAUAGAUGACCUGGAGGAGGGCGAGCUGGAGUCAUUCAUCACCAAGCUGGGCAUCCGGGCAUACGCGACGCAGCAAACCAUCCUGGACGAGCCUGAGGGCGAAGCCGCCACCACUACCAUGGCUGCUGGCGAGAAGAAAGCUAAAAAGGUCAAAGUGGAGAAAGCAGAGGAGACGGCACCUGACACUCAGCCCAACGUCGUCGAUCAGAAGCAGAAGAAGACAAAAGAGGCGCCGGCAUCGGGGGCAAAAAAGGCGAAGCAGAGCCCGACCGUGUUUGAGUUCCAACCGCGGCAGGUGCUGCUGAUCAAACCUGGUGGUAAGUGGUUCGAGCUGGAUUACACAGAAGAGGGCUCGUCGGCGCCACAGGAUGCCGCCUUGGUCUCCCAGUACAAGUCGCUCGCUCAGCAGCUGUUCGAGGCUGAGGUAAACCUCUACAAGACCAAGAAGAGCUUGCAGAAAGGCGCCAACUCGGCCUGGAUGAAGACAGUCGUCUCCUCCGGUGUGCUGGCGGACAGAAUGGCAGCCAUGACGGUUCUGAUUCAGGACGCUCCGGUGCACAUGCUGGAGCACGUGGAGAACCUAGUCACCAUGGUGAAGAAGAAAGGCAGUCGGCGGAUGGGUCUGAUGGCGAUGGACACGGUGCGAGAGCUGCUGCUGUCCAACCUGCUGCCUGAGGACAGGAAGCUCCGCACCUUUGCCCAGCACCCAUUCGACCAGCUUGAGGAGAAGGCCAGCGGCAACCGUGACGCCCGCGACCGCCGCCUCAUCCUCUGGUACUUUGAGCACCAGCUGAAGCACCACGUGGCUGAGUUUGUGGUGGCGCUGGACUCGGUGGCUCACGACACAGUGCCCGCCACCAAGGCAAAGGCGCUAGCCACCGCCCAUGAGCUGCUGUGCAGCCGUCCGGAACAGGAGAAGGCGCUGCUCACCCAAGUGGUAAACAAGCUUGGAGACCCCGAGUACAAGACGGCGGCGAAGGCCUCGUACCUGCUGGAGACGCUGCUGCACAAACACCCCAACAUGAAGGGGGUGGUGUGCUGCGAGGUGGAGCGGCUCCUGUUCCGACCCAACAUCAGCCCGAAGGCGCAGUACUACGCCGUGUGCUUCCUCAGCCAGGUGAUCCUGAGCCACGAUGAGGACGGGCUCGCCGCUAAGCUCAUCACCAUCUACUUCUCCUUCUUCCGUGCCUGCGUCAAAAAGAAGGACAUUGAGUCGAAGAUGCUGAGUGCGCUGUUGGCGGGCGUGAACAGGGCGUAUCCUUACACCAGCGCCGGGGACGACAAAGUGAGAGACCAGAUGGACACACUCUUCAAAGUGGUUCAUCUGGUGAAGUUCAAUACGGCCGUGCAGGCACUCAUGCUGCUGUUCCAGGUGAUGGACUCCCAGCAGAGCAUCUCGGACCGGUACUAUGUGGCUCUGUACAGGAAGCUGCUGGACCCCGGGCUGUCAUCGUCCUCCCGCCCGAACAUGUUCCUGAACCUGCUGUACAAAUCCAUGAAGGCUGACGUGGCGCUGAGGCGGGUCAAAGCCUUUGUCAAGCGGCUCCUGCAGAUCAGCGCCGAGCAGAGCGCCAGCUUCGCCUGCGGGGCGCUCUUCUUGGUGUCGGAGGUCAUGAGGGCCAAACCGGGCCUGAAGAUACUGCUGCAGGAGGAGGAGGGGGAUGAGGAAGAGGAGGCGUUCAAAGACCUCGCUGCAGAUGAGGAGGAUGAUGAUGAAGAGGAGCGAUUCGUGGAUGCUGACAAACUAGAGGAACAAACAAACACAGAGGGAGAGGAGGUCAAACCUGCAGCAUCAUGGGUACAUCACCAGAACCUGGAAGGAAUUAAGAGUGUUCAGACCUACGACCCGCUGCACAGAAACCCGUUAUUCUGCGGCGCAGAUCGCUCGACUUUAUGGGAGCUGCAGAAGCUCGCUCUGCACUUCCACCCGUCAGUGUCGCUGUUUGCAAAAACCAUUCUGCAGGGAGACUUCAUCCAGUACUCUGGGGACCCUCUGCAGGACUUCACCCUCAUCCGCUUCCUCGAUCGAUUCGUCUUCAGAAACCCCAAACAGCUCAAAGCAGAACAAAACACCGACGCCGCUGUGAUGAAGCCCAAACACAGAUUACCUGUCAGCUUGCUACCAGUGAACAGCGCAGAGUUUCUGUCUAAAGAAGAAAGUCAGGUUCCUGUUGACGAGAUCUUCUUCCAUCGCUUCUUCAAGAAACGUCAGCAGGAGAAGCAGCAACGCCGGCCACGAGGCGAUGAUGAUGACGACGAGAGCCUGGAGGAUGUGGACGAUGAUGAGUUUGAGAAACUUCUUGACACCUUUGAAGGCGACUCGUACUUCACCGACCUCGGCAGUGAUAAUCUGGACUUUGCAGGUAAUGUAAAGAGUAAAAAAGAUAAGAAAUCAGGAGAUGACUCGGAGUCGGACGUGGACGACUCAGACAUGGACGACCUGGACGAUGAGGAGGUGUCUUUGGGCAGCAUGGAUGAGGAAGACUUUGGCGAUGAACUGGAGGAAGAAGGAGGGAUGUUCAUGGACCCUGACGGAGACGAAGAGGGUGAUGAUGAUGAUGAUGAAGUUCCUGAGCUGGAGGAUGAAGCUGCUGCAUUUGGAGAUUCAGAUGACGAUGAGAUGGAAGCUCCAGACAUCACCCCACAGACCAAGAAGGGAAAGAGAAAAUCCUCAGAGGACCUCGACUUCUCUGGAUCUUUAGGUUCCAAACAGAAGAAGAAGAAGGAAAAGAAAGAUGCAGCCAUGUUUGCUUCUGCUGAAGAGUUUGGCUGCCUGCUGGACGAGAAUGCCGGCUCCAAGUUUGACAACAUCGGGCUGAACGCCAUGGCCAAUAGAGACAAAGCAGGUCUGAAGCAGCUGAAGUGGGAGGCUCAGCGCGACGACUGGAUCCACGGCCGCGACGCCAAGACGCUGCGCAGGAAGAAGACCGUGUUCAACAAGAAGAAGACUGGGUUCGGCCGAGCCAGGACGGGAAGCGGGACGUUUGGGAGCAAGAAGAAGAGGAAGUAGAUGAUGAGGAUGCUGAAGAUGUUGGCCUAAAGCUGAGGGACACCUUCGGUGACCACGCCUUCCUCGUCUGUCUCCCGGACGCUGUAGAUCCCCGGACACUCGACGGUCUCAUCGUAAACCGGGAGGACGCGGACAUAAAACGGUGUUUACAGAUUCAAUCUGGGGGCUGAUGAAGAGGAGCCACGUUUAGCUUGUUUUAUUUUUUUGUAAAAUCAAAGACUUUGUUGUGCUGAACAUUUUGCUGCAAAUCUCAUCUGGAUCAUUCCAUCUCAGUCCAUCAAGUUUAAAAUAAACUUUGGUUUUAAAAUGCAUAAAUGAAUACUUCACGGGAUGAAAGCAGGGCUGUUUCAUGAUGUUUUUGAGGGAACAUUUGUGUUUUAGGGUAAAUAUCCAGUCCUGUGCCUCUAUGAAAAUGGCCUCUGAAUGAAUGAAGGAUGCUUGAAGUUGCUGAAAUAUUUAGAUGUCUACAGCCUGUAGAAACAUUUUGCUUCUCACACAAUGUUGCUUACACAGAAUUGUCUUAAAAACAGUCUAAAAGUGAAUCGUUACACUCGUUAAAGCUUAAAUGUUGGGGGAAAAGUUCACUGUGAUAUUCCCAGGUAUGACGCAAUAUACGAAGUCCAAGUAAAUUUAUUAGAUCCAAAAUUUGUAACGCUGUUCUCUCUCAUAUAACUCAUAUUUAUGUAGAGAAGGGAAAUAUUGCUUUGUUUUUAGUUCCAGCCUCAUGGCCCAAAUUUCUCUGGCCAAUGAGAGGCUGUGUGCUGCUGUGCCGUUUUCUUGGUUUGUUUUUCACCUUUGGACUGUUUUCAAGAAUAUCCCGUGUCUUGUAUGUGAGAAGCUCUAAAUAAAAUCUACUGUGGUUUCUACAAGUCUCCAAAUCCGCUGUCGGAGAUCACACAUUGAAAUAUUUUAGGGACUUCAAACGUCCACCGUUUAACGUUAACUGGAGCUGCACUGCUGACGCUCCACAUUCAUAUUUACUCUAACACAUUUGAAGCUCUAGGAAUUUUCUAGAUAUUAGGAUUUUAAAGUGCUCUCUCAAAAAAAGGAUUUCAGCGUGAUGUGUAAAAACAUCCCGACCUUCAUCCCUGGGAAUACUUUUUACCCUCAGCUGUGAGAGGCUGAAGUUUGUGAGUGCGAUAAUUGAAGCACAACCUCAAGAACUUCAAAUUGAGACCGCAGGUGUGUCUACCAGGAGGCUGGUUGACAUCAGUAGAAAUGGAGAAAUCUCAUGAUUCGUUCAGAAUUUUCUUUCAGGCAAAUCUGAGCUGACAUGGGAUGAGCCUGUUUGACACAUAAGCAGCAAUUUCCUUGUAUCUAACAAAUCAAUUCACAUACAACCUGUGUGUGUGUGUUUGUGUGAGACACAAACAUUAAAGUGUUUCAUGAUCCUGUUCAGUGUGUUUACAGGUUUAAUGAUUGUUUCUGUCGUUCAGAUCAAGUUGAACAUACCUGCUGAUCAGAAUGUGGCAUUUUUAGAAUGGUCUGCACCGUUUCAUGGUUUUGUUGUUUUACAUUUACAAAUUAAACUAGAUUCAGGUU